AUGGUUCGGGAUCUGAAGAGAAAGCCGUUCGCUGUUGUUGCUGUCCUCUGGCUGCUCAGCUCAGCACAAGCAGGGAAUGCAGACACACUCUCAGGGUAUCACUGUACUGACUUCCAGACAGCAAAUUUUCUACGGGGCAGUAAACUUAAGGUCCAGUUUCUCCUGUUCACCUCCUCAAGCCCCAGCUGCGGGGAGCUGAUUUCAGCUGAUGAUGACAUCAAGAACUGCAACUUCAAUAGUAGCCUGGGAACCAAGAUCAUAAUUCAUGGCUUCAGGGCUUUGGGUACCAAACCUUCCUGGAUUGAAGGACUUGUCAAUGCCAUACUGCACACAAGCCAGGUGAACGUGAUUGCAGUAGACUGGGUUUAUGGGUCUACAGGAGCCUAUCCCUCUGCAGUGGAAAAUGUCACACAGCUCGCCCUCUCCAUCUCAAAAUUCAUCAGCAACCUCCUGGCCCUGGGAAUCCCAAGGGCAUCCAUCCACAUCAUUGGUGUAAGCCUUGGUGCACAUGUCGGGGGCCUAGUGGGGCACUUCCAUGGCGGUCAGCUGGGACGGAUAACAGGCCUGGAUCCUGCAGGCCCUAAGUACACCAGAGCUAGCCCUGAGGAACGCUUGGAUCCUGGAGAUGCCCUCUUUGUGGAAGCCAUUCACACUGAUGCUGACAAUUUUGGGAUCCGGAUUCCUGUAGGCCACAUCGAUUAUUUUGUUAAUGGAGGCAGAGAUCAGCCUGGAUGCCCUCGAUUCAUCUCUGCAGGAUACAAGUAUCUGAUCUGUGAUCACAUGAGGGCAGUACAUCUCUAUGUCAGUGCCUUGGAACAUUCCUGUCCAGUCAUAGCAUUUCCCUGUGCAAGUCAUGAAGAUUUUUUAAACGGUCAUUGCCUGGACUGCGUUGACCCCUUCCUGUUCUCCUGUCCCAGAAUAGGUCUGCUGGAGCAGGCAGGUAUCAACAUGAGAAAGCUGCCCAAGGAAGUGAAGGUUUAUUUAAUGACCAGUCCCUCAGCCCCAUUCUGUGUCCAUCACAGCCUUGUUGAGUUCCACCUUCAGAAGAAAAGAAACAAAGUCACCAGCAUUGAGAUCACUUUCUCCAGCAACAGCACCCAGGACACAGCGAAGAUCACCAUCCCUAAGCACCAGGAGAUGGGUAAACGGCUGCUGGCCCACAGAGUUCCCCUCUGCCAGAUAACCAGUGUGACUCUGAAGUACCUCCCCAAGAAUCACUUCUGGAGGAAGGAUGAGUUGUUCAUUGUCGGCAAGUUCUGCGCAGCCCCGCUGCCUCUCGAUAGCAAUCGGACAAUGUUGUGCCUGCAGUGGAACGUCACCCUCCCUGGCAACACAGACAUUUCCUAUGAGCUACCCACUCCUUGUGCCUAG